UUGGAAUUUCUCUCAUCUGGGUCUUGACCAGGGAUAGGGUUUAACCAUGGUUAGAUCCAAACCCUAGUUAAGAAACCCAACUAGAUCGAUGAACCUGAACCCUUUAUAAGGAGUCCCUCGCCUUGUUUCGUAGCUCCAUCAUCCCCACUCAUUUACUUUUACCUCUCUCAAGAGAAAAUCCAUUACUUGCAUUUUGAUGGUUUCUCAAUACUCUCUUCAUUCCUAUCUCAUUUCUCAUUAGCCUUUUCGAUCUUGUACUUAUUAUUUCUUUCUCUAUCCAUUUUUCCCAGCUACCGAACUAAGAUAUGGCUUCUAACGGUAACGCUAACGGCGAGUUCAGCUUCGGGACCGGGAAAGGGACAGCACGGAACGGACUGUCGAAAAUUCAGACGCAGAAAAAACAUAGCGAAAUAUGCCAUGACGACAGUGCGCCAACGGUGAAGGCCCAAACCAUCGACGAACUCCAUUCGCUGCAGCAGAAGAGGUCUGCUCCAACCACUCCCAUUAAGGGUGCUCAGGGCGCGUUCGCACCACCGCUUCUCUCCGACGAGGACCGCCAGAAGCAGCAGCUCCAAUCAAUCAGUGCAUCUUUGGCGUCGUCGGCAAGAGAAACUGGACCAAAUGUGGUGAGAGGAGAUCCGGCCAAGAAGUCUGAGACUCCGAAGGUGUCACACGUGUCACAACACCACUUUUUCACACCCACCAUAAGCGUUAGUGACAGUUCCUUGAAAUUCACACAUGUCCUCUACAACCUUUCUCCCGCUGAGCUAUAUGAGCAGGCAAUAAAGUAUGAAAAAGGAUCCUUUAUUACGUCGAAUGGUGCCUUGGCUACUCUCUCGGGAGCCAAGACCGGUCGGUCCCCAAGAGAUAAACGCGUUGUUAAGGAUGACACCACUGAGGAUGAGCUUUGGUGGGGAAAGGGCUCACCUAACAUUGAAAUGGACGAGCACACAUUUAUGGUGAAUAGGGAAAGAGCUGUGGACUACUUGAAUUCCUUGGACAAGGUGUUUGUGAAUGACCAAUUCUUGAACUGGGAUCCAGAGAACAAAAUCAAAGUCAGAAUCGUAUCAGCCAGAGCUUACCAUUCACUUUUCAUGCACAACAUGUGCAUCCGACCCAGUCCUGAAGAGCUGGAGAGUUUUGGUACUCCGGACUUCACUAUUUACAAUGCUGGGCAGUUCCCGUGUAAUCGUUACACUCACUACAUGACAUCCUCGACUAGCAUAGACCUUAAUCUUGCUAGAAGAGAAAUGGUCAUCCUCGGCACUCAGUACGCCGGGGAAAUGAAGAAAGGUCUUUUCAGUGUUAUGCAUUAUCUCAUGCCUAAGCGUCAAAUCCUCUCCCUACAUUCUGGCUGCAAUAUGGGAAAAAGUGGAGAUGUGGCUCUCUUCUUUGGACUCUCAGGUACUGGGAAGACUACUCUGUCUACUGAUCACAAUAGAUACUUGAUUGGAGAUGAUGAACACUGUUGGAGUGAUACUGGUGUGUCGAAUAUCGAAGGCGGUUGUUAUGCUAAGUGUAUUGAUCUUUCGAGGGAGAAGGAACCUGAUAUUUGGAAUGCCAUCAAGUUUGGAACUGUGGUUGAGAAUGUGGUUUUUGACGAGCAUACUCGGGAGGUGGAUUAUACUGAUAAAUCUGUUACAGAGAACACUCGUGCAGCCUAUCCAAUCGAAUACAUUCCCAAUGCUAAGAUACCUUGUGUUGGUCCACACCCAAAGAAUGUCAUUCUUUUAGCCUGUGAUGCAUUUGGUGUGCUCCCACCAGUGAGCAAGCUCAACCUGGCUCAGACCAUGUACCACUUCAUAAGUGGCUACACAGCUCUGGUGGCUGGGACAGAAGAGGGAGUGAAGGAGCCUCAAGCAACAUUCUCGGCUUGCUUUGGUGCCGCUUUCAUUAUGAUGCACCCUACCAAGUAUGCAGCCAUGCUGGCUGAGAAGAUGCAGAAACAUGGCGCGACGGGAUGGCUCGUCAACACUGGCUGGUCUGGUGGAAGAUAUGGUUCUGGAAAGAGAAUUAAGCUUCCUUACACAAGGAAAAUCAUUGAUGCCAUUCACUCUGGUAGCCUCUUGAAUGCAAAUUACAAGAAAACCAAAGUGUUUGGACUUGAAAUUCCCACUGAAGUGGAAGGAGUCCCUUCUGAAAUCCUGGACCCUGUGAACACUUGGGCAGAUAAGAAAGCUUAUGAUGAGACUUUGUUGAAGCUGGGAGGACUUUUCAAGAAGAACUUUGAGACAUUCACAACCUAUAAGAUUGGGAAGGAUAACAAUCUCACUGAAGAGAUCCUUGCUGCUGGUCCAAAUUUUUAAAGCUGGCAAAAGAAGAAAUUACUAGUGUCUUGGGAAUUGGGGGCAAAAAUAAAAGAUCUUAGUAUAAUUAUUAUAUUAUAUAUGUAAUCAAAAUGUGGUCUGAGCACCCCAAAAAAGAAGAGGUGUGGGGAGAAAAAGUUGGGUUAUGUGAUAUGUGUCAAAUGGUUAUUGUAAUAAGUUGAUUUAUAUUAGUAAAAAAUGUAGGUGAUGAACAAUCGAGUCAGUCGCGCCUUGCAUCAGUUCAUAUUAUAUACCUUGUAUUUCAGUGGAAAAGCAUCUUUGCUCAAAAA